UCCGGGGGCGAAAACGGAACUGAGGGGUCAGCUUAGCGGGAUGUCGGGGACUACGGGCGGCGCGACGGGCUCGGCCCGAAAACGGCUCCUAAAGGAGGAGGACAUGACCAAGGUGGAGUUCGAGACGAGCGAAGAGGUGGACGUCACCCCCACCUUCGACACCAUGGGCCUGCGCGAGGACCUGCUGCGCGGCAUCUACGCCUACGGUUUUGAGAAGCCUUCCGCUAUCCAGCAAAGAGCAAUCAAACAGAUCAUUAAAGGGAGAGAUGUGAUUGCGCAAUCACAGUCUGGAACAGGAAAAACAGCAACAUUUUCCAUCUCUGUUCUACAGUGUCUGGACAUCCAGGUUCGUGAAACCCAAGCAUUGAUUUUGGCACCUACUAGGGAAUUGGCAGUACAAAUUCAGAAGGGUCUUCUUGCUCUUGGUGACUACAUGAAUGUCCAGUGUCAUGCUUGUAUUGGGGGAACCAAUGUUGGCGAGGACAUCAGAAAACUGGAUUAUGGACAGCAUGUUGUUGCUGGCACACCAGGGCGUGUAUUUGAUAUGAUUCGUCGUAGAAGUCUAAGGACUCGAGCUAUCAAAAUGUUAGUUUUGGAUGAAGCUGAUGAGAUGCUGAAUAAAGGUUUUAAAGAACAGAUCUAUGAUGUGUACAGAUACCUUCCCCCAGCAACACAGGUGGUUCUGAUCAGUGCCACUUUACCACACGAGAUCUUGGAGAUGACAAACAAAUUCAUGACUGACCCCAUCCGCAUCCUGGUGAAACGUGAUGAGUUGACUCUUGAAGGGAUCAAACAGUUUUUUGUGGCUGUAGAGAGAGAGGAAUGGAAAUUUGAUACCUUGUGCGACCUGUAUGACACCCUCACUAUCACACAGGCAGUCAUCUUCUGUAAUACCAAAAGGAAGGUCGACUGGCUAACUGAGAAGAUGAGAGAAGCUAACUUCACUGUUUCAUCAAUGCAUGGUGACAUGCCCCAGAAGGAGAGGGAAUCCAUUAUGAAAGAAUUCAGAUCAGGGGCUAGCCGAGUCCUUAUUUCUACAGAUGUUUGGGCCAGAGGCUUGGAUGUACCUCAGGUGUCCUUAAUUAUUAACUAUGAUCUACCCAACAACAGAGAAUUGUAUAUACACAGGAUCGGUAGAUCAGGUCGCUAUGGUCGGAAAGGUGUCGCCAUCAACUUUGUAAAGAACGAUGACAUUCGUAUUCUGCGAGACAUUGAACAGUACUAUUCUACCCAGAUUGAUGAAAUGCCCAUGAAUGUUGCUGAUCUUAUUUGAAGAAACAAGAUGGACUGAAGGCCAGAAGAAG